AGAGCCAACAGCUGGUCACGCGUAUGGAGCCGUCGCGCGUCCACGGAUAAUAGUUAAGAAGAUAUUUAAAGCGCGGACAUCACAGAUAGUUGUUAUAGCAUCUUUACCUGAGCUACGCUGUGAAAGAGUUGUAACUAUUUUACUCGAGAUAAGUUUAAAAAUCUGUUUUCAUCUGCAGGAGGCACUGAAACACUCACAACGGGUCAACGUGACGUUUCGCAAUCAAAAUACAUUGUCUCUCGUCGGGUUCCGUAGUCAAUGAGGGAGGAAAAACAUGGCGUCUCUCACUAGAAAUGUAUUUCUGUCCCUAGGUCGAACAUUUUUUUCUGGUUUGGGAAUAAAGGAAACAACAAACAGAGUCACAUAUGCGACAGCUUUGUUCGCAAACUCUACUUCUGGAAAUAAAGGCCUUCCAGACAGAGGUGGUAGAGGAUCUGUUGGCAGAAGACCAAGGAGAGAACCUGGGGAACCCAGGACUGUGAAGAUGCCGUUAGAUCAGGACUGGACCUCAGUUUAUCCUUCGGCAACCUCCUUCAAGUCAAAUGCUGUCCCCCUUCCUGUGAGGAUGGGUUACCCGGUGAAGAGAGGUGUUCCACCAGAGAAGAAGGGCAACUUGGAGUUAGUAAAGAUACCAAACUUUCUGCAUUUGACACCAGCAGCUAUCAAGAAACACUGUGAAGCUCUGAAACCUUUCUGCACAGAGUGGCCCUCAGCCUUGGACACCGAUGCCAAAUGCGACGAGCACUUUCCGAUUAAAGUCGAGAGCACAGACUACGUGUGUGCUGGCCCGUCUGUCAGGAAUGCCUCAGCUCGGAUUGUUCAUCUCAAAGUAAAGUUGUCCCGUUUCAACCUGGAUGACCAUGCACGCAAGAAAAUGCUCAAACUUGUUGGGGAGAGGUACUGCAAAGACUCAGACAUUCUCAGCAUCACAACAGACAGCUGCCCUCUGAGACAGCAGAACUAUGAAUAUGCCAAGUACCUGCUAACUGUUCUGUACCAUGAAUCCUGGAAAAUUGAAGCCUGGGAGGCGGAGAAGACCGCUGCAGACAUGGAGGAGUACAGCUGGGAGGACAGCCUGUCCCAAAAGAACAUGCUGGACACGCUGCUGCGCAUGAAAGUGGCCGGAGAGGGAGAGGAUGAUGAAGUGAGAAAGCAGCUGCUGGAAAGAGAAGAGGUGCAGGAUUAUAAGGACUCGAUUGUGAGGCUAAAAAACGAAGGAGCAAGUGAGAGCAGCAUCCUGCAGUACAAGGAGGCCGUCAGGAAGGUACUCAACGUGUGAAAACUUCAGAGGUGCUAAUAAACAUUUACAGGAAGGUCGAGACCAAGAGCAACAAGGAUCUUCAAUUAUCAAGAAUAUCUUAAGGAUUGGGCCGCAUUGUUCUAGUACCAUAAUGAUCUCAAAUAUCUGAGCUGGUCAGCAGUAUUUAUUUUCUAAAAUACAUCUGCUGUAAUAUCCAGUAUGUGAUGUGUUUUUAAUACAAAAAUACAAGUGUAAUAUACA